AUGUGCACUGAGGACAUGGAGAAGGAAAAUGCGACAUUGCUGACAGAAUUCAUUCUCACAGGACUUACAUAUCAAUCAGAGUGGAAAAUCCCCCUGUUCCUGAUAUUCUUGGUGAUUUAUCUCAUCACCAUCAUGGGGAACCUUGGUUUGAUUGCCCUCAUCUGGAAUGACCCUCACCUUCACAUCCCCAUGUACUUAUUCCUUGGAAGUUUAGCCUUUGCGGAUGCUGGGUUAUCAUCCACAGUGACCCCCAACAUGCUGGUCAGCUUCUUAACCAAGAGUCAGAUGAUGUCUCUCUCUGAAUGCAUGGUACAAUUUUUUUCCUUUGGAAUCAGUGCAACCACAGAAUGUUUUCUCUUGGCAGCAAUGGCGUAUGAUCGCUAUGUAGCCAUAUGCAAACCUUUACUCUAUCCAGUGAUUAUGACGAAUGCACUUUGCAUCCGGCUAAUAGUCUUGUCAUUUGUAGGUGGUUUUCUUCAUGCUUUAAUUCAUGAUGCAUUUUUAUUCAGAUUAACUUUCCAUAAUUCUAACAUAAUACAUCACUUUUACUGUGACAUUAUACCAUUGUUAAAAAUUUCUUGUACUGAUCCUUCUGUUAAUUUCCUAAUGCUUUUUAUUUUGUCUGGUUCAAUACAGGUAUUCACCAUUGUGACUGUUCUUAUCUCUUAUACAUUUGUUCUCUUUACAAUCUUAAAAAAGAAGUCUGCCAAAGGCAUAAGGAAAGCCUUCUCCACCUGUGGAGCUCACCUCUUAUCUGUGUCUUUAUACUAUGGCCCUCUCCUCUUCAUGUAUGUGCGCCCUGCAUCUCCACUAGCAAGUGAUGAAGAUAUGAUAGAGUCUCUUUUUUACACUGUCAUCAUUCCCUUGUUAAAUCCAAUUAUCUACAGUCUGAGAAAUAAGAAAGUCAUAGAUUCACUGACAAAAACAUUAAAAGUAAAUGUUUAG